AUGUCUGAAAAAGAUAAUUUAUGUUCUUUAACAUUUACAUGCAUGAUAACAGUGUGUUAUUUAGGAGCAAUAGGAUUAUGUAGAACAGUGUUGUUCUCAAAUAUUUUAAAAAUAGAUAAUUAAGUAAUAAACUCAGUUUCUCUGGGUAUAUUUAGCCUAAUAUUUUUGAUUGGACCUUUUUCAUUACCAUUAUUUUAGAAAUUGAUAUUGAAAUUCACCUACAAGUAUUAAUAAAUAUUUGAUUUAGAGCAGUAUUUUUUAUAACGAGUGUAGUAAAUGUUUUGAGUAUGGCUUUAUAUGUAGUAGUGAUUGAAUAGAAGCCUUAAGAUGUUUAUUUAAUAACAACAAUUAUAAUAUUUGAGGGAUUGUCAGCUCCAUUUAUGGCAAUAUAUUAUUGUUCAUUUAAUUAUUAUGUUCGUAGUAUGUCAAAUAAGAAUAAUGUGGGUAUAUAUUUUGGAGUAGCAUAUUCAUUAUUUUGUAUGUAAAAUUUUGUUGGAGAUCUUUAUGUAGUAUUUGAAGGUAAGAUAUAUGAGUAUAAUUAAUAUUUCUAUUAUCCAAUGUUAGGAGUAUCAUUAAUAAUAACUCUAUUAUACUGGUUCAUCAAAGAACCAGAUUGUUUAUCAAAAUCAAUUACAAAAUAAAGUAUUGAUUUAUAAAAGAAGUUGAAUGAACAUAUUUAUGGUUCUAUUUUGGAUGAUGAUGAAAGAAACACAAAUAUAGAUGAAAAUGAAUAUAUGAAUUAGAUGAAAUAAAUAUGGAGGAUUCCAAAGAUAUAUCCAUAAUUUAUGUAUUUAAUACCAACACUUAUAUCAAUCGGGAUGUUCACUGCAUUUAGUGUAGUAUAUUCUUAGGAUAUGAUUGAACCAAAUUACUCUAAUUUAUCUUAGUUGAAACCAGCGAUUAUCACUAAUUUAAGUAUUCAUGGAAUAGGUUAAUUCUUGGGAGGAAUCUUAAUAGGAUUAUUAUCAUAUUCAUAUGGAUACUUAAAUUUGUUGAUGGUAUUAUAAAUAUUGGGGAUAGCCACUUAUAUAUUAUCAGUAAAUUGAUGAUAUUAAUUAAGGAUUGUUGGUGA